GGCCCCUCCCGGAGGCCCAGGCCGGGCACGGCUGCGAAUGAGCGGGCGCUUCGCUAAGGUGCAGGGCUGGGCGGCUUUGGCUAAGGCGGUGUGCGGCGAGCUCCUGCUGCUCGGCGUUGGCUGGCCGCGCACCACAGCGCGUCGCCGCGGGAGAAACCCGGAUCCAGGCAAGGUUGCCAGGAAUGCUUUCUGUCGGCACCAACAUGGCUGCGGCCCUGCGAGCGGCUGCCGCCCGGCUCCGCGAUCGGCUGGUGCCCAGCAGCCCAAGGGCCCGUGAGCCAUGGAGGUGCCAGUCGCGUGCAGCAACAGUGGCCGCCACCACAGAAAAAGCCCAGCCUGCCAAGGAUGCAAAGCCUCAAGUUCAGCCAGAGAAAAGGAAGCCGAAAACUGGAAUAUUAAUGCUGAACAUGGGAGGCCCUGAAACCCUUGGAGACGUUCAUGACUUCCUUUUGAGGCUCUUCUUGGAUCGAGACCUCAUGACACUUCCUAUUCAAAAUAAAUUGGCACCAUUCAUCGCCAAACGUCGAACCCCCAAAAUUCAAGAGCAGUACCGCAGGAUCGGAGGUGGAUCUCCCAUCAAGAUGUGGACUUCCAAGCAAGGAGAAGGCAUGGUGAGACUGCUGGAUGAGCUGUCUCCCCGCACAGCCCCUCACAAAUACUAUAUUGGAUUCCGGUACGUCCACCCUUUAACAGAAGAAGCCAUUGCCGAGAUGGAGAGAGAUGGGCUAGAAAGGGCGAUUGCUUUCACGCAGUACCCACAGUACAGCUGCUCCACCACAGGCAGCAGCUUAAAUGCCAUUUAUAGAUACUACCGUGGAGUAGGGAAGAAGCCCACGAUGAAGUGGAGCACUAUUGACAGGUGGCCCACGCAUCCCCUCCUCAUCCAGUUGGCCCAUAAUGCCCUUUGUUGGAUUUCCUUUACACAUUUAAUGACAAAGAAUGAUGAAAGGUGCUUUGCAGAUCACAUUCUGAAAGAACUGGACCGUUUUCCACCAGAGAAGAGAGGCGACGUGGUCAUUCUGUUUUCUGCACACUCGCUGCCCAUGGCUGUGGUCAACAGAGGGGACCCCUAUCCACAGGAGGUGAGCGCCACUGUCCAGAGAGUCAUGGAAAGACUGGGUUACUCCAAUCCCUACCGACUGGUGUGGCAGUCCAAGGUUGGUCCAAUGCCCUGGUUGGGUCCUCCAACAGAUGAGAGCAUCAAAGGGCUUUGUGAGAGGGGCAGGAAGAAUAUUCUCUUGGUUCCGAUUGCGUUUACCAGCGAUCACAUUGAAACGCUGUACGAACUGGAUAUUGAGUACUCGCAAGUAUUAGCCAAUGAGUGCGGAGUUGAAAACAUCAGAAGAGCAGAGUCUCUUAAUGGAAAUCCAUUGUUCUCUAAGGCCCUUGCCGACCUGGUGCUCUCCCAUAUCCAGUCGAACGAACUGUGCUCCAAGCAGCUGACUCUAGGUUGUCCACUCUGUGUAAAUCCCGUCUGCAGGGAGACUAAAUCCUUCUUCACCGGCCAGCAGCUGUGACUCCAUCCCAAGGACCCUGUGGGAUUAGGCAAAUGCCUCCAUUGUGGAGGACGAUGUGAUUUAGAGUCCCAGGGAGGAAGUCCCAUUAGCACGUGGACAGCCUUUGGGCACAAAUUAUGUGAUUUCUUGAGGAAUGGACUCAAAUCCUUAUUGAGGGUUUCCAUUUUUACAUAACCUAUGCAUUAAACAUGGGUGUCUCCUUUCUCUGGGUAAA